CACCAUCUGGUAAACUCUCGACCAAUCAGAAAGGGCACGAGCUCUUCUCCCGCCCUCUUCCCCUAUGGUCUUUUCAUUAGUCGCAUUUAGAAUAUCGUCACGUUGCUUCGGACUUAUUUUUCUGAAAGUCCAUCUCUGAGGCUCUGCUGCCCAUCAUCUCCAUCAUGGUCCAGGCUAAAUCAUGGAUUCUGCUGAAACACUUCGACGGUUUCCCAAAAGACAGCGACUUUGAGGUGAAAGUGGAGGAGCUUCCAGAGCUCAGAGACGGAGAGGUCCUGCUGGAAGCAGUUUUUCUCAGUGUCGAUCCAUACAUGAGGCCGUUCAGCAGAUUUCGGAUGAAGGAAGGCGACGUGAUGAUUGGAUCUCAAGUGGCAAAAGUGAUCCAAAGUAAAAACUCCACCUUCCCCGUGGGAAGCCAUGUGGUGACUUCUUGUGGUUGGACGACCCAUUCCAUCUCAGAUGGGAAGGAGCUCACUCCUGUCAUGGCGGACUGGCCUGAAGAUGUCUCUCUGUCACUGGCACUGGGAGCUAUCGGCAUGCCAGGUCUGACAGCUCUGUAUGGAAUAGAAGAAGUUCUGGGUCUGAAGGAAGGUGAAACCCUGCUGGUGAACGCUGCAGCUGGAGCCGUGGGCUCUGUGGUGGGACAGAUUGCUAAAAUCAAGGGCUGUAAGGUGGUGGGGUCAGCAGGGUCGGAGGCAAAAGUGGCGUUCCUGAAAAAGCUGGGGUUUGAUGAAGCCUUCAACUACAAAACUAUCACUUCUCUGGAGGAGGCUCUGAGGAAGGCUUCUCCUGAUGGAUAUGACUGCUUCUUCGAAAAUGUUGGAGGCCAUUUUUCUACUGCUGCAAUACAACAGAUGAAGAACUUAGGCAGAAUAGCUGUGUGUGGAAGCAUCUCUUUGUACAAUGACGUCACACCUCAGACCGGGCCGUACCCCCACCUGACCAUGAUCAUUAAGCAGCUGAAGAUGGAGGGUUUCCUGCAGAGCAGGUGGACGCACAAACAUCCUGAAAGCCUCAAGAGGCUGAUGGCGUGGUUUAAACAGGGUAAACUGCAGUGUCGGGAGCACGUCACCAAAGGCUUUGAAAACAUGCCAGCAGCUUUCAUGGGGAUGCUGAGAGGAGACAACAUAGGCAAAGCCAUCGUUGCUGUCUGAUGGAUUACUGAUGAAGAUCUUUACUCAAUGAAUGAAGGAAAAACUGAACAAUAACUCUUCUGAAAAAUAACUACUAGACAUGUGUUGUCUUUCCAUCAUUUAUUCAACUAAAUAGAUUUGAGAUAUGUCAGUAUUUUUCAAUAGAAUGUAGUUUUGUUUCAAUGUUUUAGUUCUCUUGAAAGAAUGCUUUUUUUUCCCACGAGAGAGGAAAAAAAACUGACACAGCUUCUACCUGAAUGAGAAAAAUCCACCAGAUUCUGUUACAUUUGCUUGUUUUACAGCUACAAUGUUAAAACUAUAACUUUUUUUAUUUAGUUUAUAAUAAAGCUUUUCUUUGUUUUA